UCUUCGCCAUCGUCAAGGCACGGGCUAACACUAUCUAAAAGCUUAGUGAAAGCGAAUUGUGUUGCAUACUACAGUUGCCUCGAAAGUGAACCGUUAAAAUUUGUCCGUUACCAUCAGGAGAACAUCCGUGUACCAUUGCAUUAAUUCGGGAUCUACACAAUUCUGGUUUAUUUGGCUGUUUUGAAAUAAUUGUGAAAGUUCCUACUGGUUGUGUGCAAGUUGCAAUUAUCGCAAGAAGUUAGUGCAAGAGUGGUUGCAGUGCUUUGAAAUUUGUUCGUUUAGAAGGAUAUUAUUUGCAGAUUUAGCAAUGAGACAAAUUGUAUAUGUUUACCUGGUGCUCAUUUUUGCAGCGGCACUGGCCACACAGAGCGACGCGAAACGUAAGUACAGAAGGGGUUGUGCUUUAUACGGACACUCAUGCUAUGGUGGGCAUGGAAAACGCUCCGAAGUGGCCACGACUGAUGAUAUCGCGCAAGAUAAAACAAUAGGCUACAGACAGUUACAACCGCAACUACCAGUGAACGAUAAUCGGCAGAUAUUACCCUAUCUGGUACCAAAUGAAGUCAGAGACUUGGACGCAUAUCAACGAUACCGUCUAGCGAAAAUUAUGAGGCAAUGGAUGGAAAACCAACGUACGAUGGACAAACAAAAUGACCAAGAAAACAUAUCCAAUGAAUUUCUAAAGGAAAAUACCACGUUUUAAGAUAUCACGCUUCAGUUCUACUUAUAUCACUUUGAAAUUCCACCGAGUAAGAUGUAAAUAUAUAGAAAACAUACAAAACAAAUGUUCUGAUUAUAAUUUUCAGUAUUUAAUAAAUAAUAAAAGCAGCAAAAUUAAAGACUAAGCAAAUCCAUAAAUAUAAACAUCUUCAUAUACAUAUAUUCGCUAUAAACUACAUCCUGCAACUACAUACAUGUCUUUGAGUCAAAUUAAUGUGUCAAUUACAAGCAAACAAUAAUUAUCAA